AAGAAGAAGAACAAGCUCAGUAGGGUGAUGCUAUUGAUUUGAACUUGAUGCCGGAAGAUGAGGACGAAGCUCAACAAGAAGAACAAGCUCAACAAGGUGAUGCUAUUGAUUUGAACUUGAUGCCGGAAGAUGAGGAUGAAGACAUUGAAUUGAAUUGGUUUCCUGAAGAGGAGGAAGCUGAAGAGGCACAAGGAGAUGCAGAAUUGGAAGAAGCUCAAGAGGCACAAGGAGAUGCAGAAUUGGAAGAAGCUCAAGAGGCACAAGAAGAUGCAGAAUUGGAAGAAGCUGAUGCACAUGGCAAUCCAAGAGGCAAGGACUUGACAGACAAGGAGAGACAUGGUGUUUACUUUGCUCUGCGAGUAAUCGGGCUUAGAGAUGGACAGGUUCACGUGUAUGACAAGGUGCUCAUUGCGACGAUGCUGAAUGUUCACCUGCGAACAAUUACAAGAAUAUGGAAUCUAGCCAAACGACAACUUGCAGCAGGCCAAGAAGUUGAUGUUUCAAGCAAGAAGAACAAAAGUGGUAGGAAGAGAAAAGAACUAGAUCUGUCGAGAAUAGCCACAAUCCCCUUGAACAAAAGAAGAACAAUCCGCCGGAGCAGAGCACGGCGGUCACUAGGGAAGCUAGGGGAGGAAGGCAAGCUGGAGCUGCGCGAGCAGGAGAGAGCCACGGAGGAGGCAGUUACGGCGGCGGCAAGCUGUGGCGGUGGUGGAGCAGGGCAGGUGCGGCUUCUGUCGGAGGAGGUCGGAAAAAUCGAUGCUUCUCCUUGCCGGGGAAGCAACGCGGUGGAGGAGGAGGGGAGCAAGGAUGGGGAGCACAACAGGGAUCUUCUCGCGCGGGGAAUCUCCGGCGACGCCAGCAACAACUUCUUGGGGAGCCGAGCAGAGGGCUCCGGCAAGGGAGGAGACAAGCAGGGGAACCGGCGGGGAGAGGAGCGGAGGUGGGGGAGUGUGUCGUUUGUCGGGAAUACACUGAGGAGGUUUUCAUAA